UUGCGAUGCAAGCGUACGAGUCUGAGUACAUGGAGAAGCAGUUGUGCAGUGCGGUCUGGACAGGUCCACUCAGACCCUCGGCCUGCUGUGUCACAACCCGUGACGAUCACAUCACUUCGUACCUCGCGGAACCGUCCGAAGGGUUCCACGGUGUUGGUACUUGGGCCGGGAUCUCCACUGCCGCGGCUGGCGGGAGUGAUGGUGGCGCCAAAACCGCAGUGGUGAGUGGAUAGUCUAAAC